GUUACGAAAUUCUUUCAACAUGAUCGCAAAAGUUAAGUUGGUCAGUGGAGGUUUCGUUGCUCUGCUUACGACAACCGUGUUGCGAACCGUUUUUCCCCUCCCUCGCCGUUCCAAGCGAAUCGCCGGCGGUAAUAUCGUUGACGUUGCCAAACAUCCAUUUCAGGUUGCAGUCCAGCUGGAGCACUAUCGAUGUGGCGGCUCAAUCCUAAAUGAAAGAUGGGUUUUGACGGCUGUUCACUGCAUGAGUCUCCUCGAGAAUCCGAACAAGCUUACGAUCCGGGCCGGUUCGAACCAUUUCGACUUUGGCGGAGUUGUGAUUCCCGUUCGAAGAAUUUAUUUGCAUCCAAAGCAAGACGGGGUUAAAAACUACGAUUUUGCCCUACUGGAACUGGCGGAAGCGCUACCAAUGAAUGACAGAAUUCAGGCGAUACCGUUACCAGCUCGGGACGCAAUUUUUGAAGAGGGGAAAAUGUGCGAAAUAUCAGGCUGGGGCAAAGUUACAGCGAGCAGUGAUGUCAGUUAUUACCUAAGAGCAUCUUUCGUUCCGAUAUACGAUCAUGGUUCAUGUGGAAAGUUGCUACAGACAGUUACAGUAGUUACGGAUAGCAUGAUCUGUGCGGGUUAUCAUGAGGGAGGAAUCGACUCUUGCGGGGGAGACUCUGGAGGACCUCUGGUUUGCGUUGGAGUACUGGCAGGAGUCGUAUCCUGGGGUGUGGGAUGUGCUUUUGCAGAACAUCCCGGUGUAUAUGCCAAGGUUACCAGUGCCCUCGAUUGGAUUUAUGAAACAGUUGACUCAGUACCCUAUAAUUAUACAAGAUACGAGAACUUCAGAUAACAAUAAAAUUG